UACUUCCUAGAUAGUUGAACUACUUUAUAUGUAUUUUUUCAAGAUAACUUUUUGCAGCUAGUUUAAAAUAAACAUCUUUACUACGUCCGAAGGCGAUUUAUUAGUAAAAAUCCCUUUUUUUCGAUUCAUUAGACCUGUCAAUUUUUUGUCUAGCCUAUUUCAGCCCACGAAUGAAGAAAAGUUUUUCUUAUAAUUCAGAUGGAAAAAAAUGUAUCGCUUUAUUAUUUUUUUAUUUUAUUAUUUUAGUUAUCGCCUCGGAAAUGUUAAUUAAAAAGCUGUAAAAAUUUGGGGAGAUAUUGAAGAGCUUGAAAAACAUUUUUUUUCUUCUUCAAAUUGACAUACAGAAAUAUGAAAUCAAUGAAAAUGAGAAUUUUUCAAUCCGCAUAAUUCAAGUGAAGUUAAUUAUACUUAUUCAGGCUCCCAGUACACUACUGCUUUUCCACGUAGUUCUAAUUUCAAUUUCCAUAAUUAAUUUUUUUUCGAACCAUCCUAUUGCAUAUUGUCUGAUUCAACAUCUUUUUGAUGGCAUGCAGCUGGGUAAAAAAAAAGAGAGAAUUCUGCUUCUCGGAGAUAAGAUUUUCACGUUGAAAGACAAAUUAUAGACGCCUAUAAUAAGACUGUUUUAAUUUCUUUAAACUUACAGUUUCGAGGAACUACCUGCUGUGGAUUCUGCUACGAGGCGUAAUUUUACAUCCCCCUUUAUGCUUCUUCGACAGUCUAGUCUUCCUUAAACAAAAAAUUUCCUUUCUUUCCCCGAGAAAAAUUUUACAAUCCUAUUUCCGUUCUGAUUAAUUAAUAUAUUACUAUAAAAACAAGGGUAAUUUUCUUGACUCGACCAAAUUUUUGAACAUUUUUCUUUUUUGUUGCAAAACUUUUACAGAUUUGUUACGUUUUGAAAACUUGAGGUUGAUAAUAUAUGAAGCAACAGCACUACACGUGAAUUUGGCCUCAAAUAGAAAGAGCUUUUCAACUUGAACAGAAAUGCUUCCGAGUUCUUACCAGGCCCCAUUUACGAUCUUAAUCAGACAGGACAGGUUAUCGCUGGACCUGGAGCAAAGUAUCUUACUUUGCCUGGGAUCUUGGGUGCCACCCUUCCAAAAAUAUCGUCAGAGCAACAAGAUACCGUGACUCGAGCCAAAAAAUAUGCAAUGGAACAGAGUAUAAAAAUGGUCUUGAUGAAGCAGACUCUGGCUCAUCAACAACAGCAAAUGGCUAGUCAACGGAAUCAGGUGCAGAGACAGCAGGCUCUCGCCCUCAUGUGCAGGGUCUACGUGGGCAGUAUUAGUUUCGAAUUGAAGGAGGACACGAUAAGGCAGGCAUUCCUGCCAUUUGGACCAAUAAAAUCGAUUAAUAUGUCGUGGGACCCGGUGACACAGAAACACAAAGGUUUUGCAUUCGUCGAAUACGAAAUACCGGAAGCCGCACAACUUGCUCUUGAGCAGAUGAAUGGAGUCAUGAUUGGUGGAAGAAAUAUCAAGGUGGUAGGUCGACCAUCAAACAUGCCACAGGCACAAUCAGUCAUUGACGAGAUUACUGAGGAGAGCAAGCACUACAAUCGAAUUUACAUUGCGUCCAUACAUCAAGACUUGACUGAGGACGACAUCAAGUCCGUGUUCGAAGCCUUCGGGCCAAUCACUUAUUGCAAACUGGCACAGGGAAGUUCGCCACAUCGACACAAGGGCUAUGGUUUCAUCGAAUACGAGACGAUGCAGUCGGCGCUCGAAGCCAUCGCCUCGAUGAAUUUGUUUGACUUGGGUGGUCAGUAUUUGAGGGUGGGCCGAGCCAUCACGCCGCCAAAUGCACUCAUGGGACCUCCAAGUGGCACAAGCAUGAUGCCAACAGCCGCCGCCGUUGCUGCUGCUGCAGCGACUGCCAAAAUUCAAGCGAUGGACGCUGUUGCCAGCAAUGCCGUUGCCCUGGGACUCACCAAACUUGGAGCCACGACGCCACCUAUUUUGAAUCCAGCUCUUCCAGGUAUCGUUCGCCCUACUACGUUAGCACCAACUGCAAUAAUGGCGCCACCAACGGUAGCAACGGUUGCUCCCAUAAUUCCACCACCUGGUAUUGCCAUUCCACAAACUUUGACACGGCCGCCAGCCAUCAUUCAACCCAUUCCUGGACAACCUGUCGUCAUUCCUCCUCCAGCUGUUGUGGCACCAAUGGCUGUUGGAGCACCAGUUGUACCAGUUGUCGCCCCACUACCCUUACCACUACCACUGCCACUGCCACCAACGACCAAUCCGGAGAAUAUGAGACGAGCCCACGAACAAGCAUCUCAUCAAAAGCAACAGGAAGAAUUGCAAAAGAAACUCUUGGAAGAAACGGAACCACAGACUUUGCAGCAGCAGGAAAAUAUGUCCAUAAAAGGACAGAGUGCGAGGCAUUUGGUGAUGCAAAAACUCAUGCGAAAGGUCGAGUCCAGAGUGGUGAUUUUACGAAAUAUGGUGGCUCCCGAAGACGUGGAUGAGAGUUUGCAGGAAGAAAUUCAAGACGAGUGUUCGAAAUUUGGAGUUGUUGAACACGUCAUCAUUUACAACGAGCGACAGUCUGAAGACGACGAAGACGCGGAAGUCAUAGUCAAGAUAUUUGUUGAAUUCUCGCAAAUGAGUGAAGCGGAACGAGCGAGAGAUUCGUUAAACGGUCGUUAUUUCGGUGGAAGAUUAGUGAAAGGUGAACUCUAUGAUCAGGCGCUAUUUGACAACAGUGACUAUUCGGGUUGAUUUUUCAUUAAUUAUUGAGUGACAGCAAACUCAUUUUUGAAUAUUUUUUCCUAUGGAAGAAUGCGAAUUUUUGUCUAAGUUCGGUAUGCUUGACACUUGUAUGAUUGGUAUUUCUGUAAUGAAUGAUUCGCGUUUUUUUUUUCGUAAAAGUGAAAAACUAGAGACUGGAUUAUUGGACUUUAAAAAAAAAACUUUUUUUUUUUUUAAUUUGAAUGCAAUUUUAGCCUGGAAAUGAAUCAAUUUGAAAGUUCAGACCUAUAAAAAGUUGUCGAAAGUUCUAACUCGUAAUGUGAUCAAGUACAGAUGUCAGUGUAAAAUAAAUAGUAAAUGUUUGUUCUGUACAAAA